UGGACUUUCACGUCCGUAGAGAGGGAAAAAAAAGUUUUUAAAAAAAUGAAAACUAUUUGCCCAUGGAAUCGCCGGAUCGUCCAGCAGAAUGAUCAACUCCGACCACCCCUGCCUCUCUCUCUUGAACCGCUGCAAGACCCUCGCUUCCGUCGGCCAAAUCCAUGCCCACCUCUCCAAGACCGGCCUCGACGCCGACCCUCUCGUCGCCGGCAAGCUCCUCCUCCACUGCGCCACUGCAAUCUCCGGCAGCCAUGCCCUCGCCUACGCCCACAUCCUCUUCGCCCACUUCCCCGGCCCCGAUGCGUUCAUGUACAACACCCUCAUCCGCGGCUACUCCGAGUCGCAGACCCCUGAGUGCUCCCUCGAGCUUUUCAAUCGACUGAACCGAGACUCCGCCUCCCUUUCCCGCCCCGACAGCUUCUCCUUCGCCUUUGCUCUCAAAGCCGCCGCAAGCCUCCGGUCCUUAAGGGCCGGCUCUCAGCUGCAUUCCCAGGCUUUCGUUCACGGCCUCAGCACCCAUCUCUUCGUCGGGACGACACUGGUGAGUAUGUAUGCAGAGUGUGGGCGCGGGGAUUCAGCACGGAAAGUGUUUGGAGAAAUGCCUCGACUAAAUGUGGUUACCUGGAAUGCGAUGCUCACUGCGUGCUUCAGGAGCUCGGACUUGGAGGGUGCAAGGUCGCUGUUCUAUAGAAUGCCAUUUCGGAAUUCGGCCUCGUACAAUGUCCAAAUCUCAGGGUUGAUGAAAUCAGGAGAUGUCGAGUCGGCUAGGUUGAUUUUCGAUACCAUGCCUGUGAAGGAUGAUGUUGCUUGGGGUUCUGUCAUUGUCGGGUUCGCGCAGAACAGCUGCUACGAUGAGGCUUUUAGGCACUUCCGGGAUAUGCAGAGAACGGGCAUGAGACUGACGGAGGUGAGCUUGACGGGCGUCUUAUCUGCUUGCGCGGAUGCUGGAGCACUCGAGUUUGGGAAAAUGCUGCACGGAUUUGUGGAGAAAUCUGGCUUCUUGGAUAUUGUUUCUGUGAGCAAUGCCCUCUUGGAUGCAUACUCUAAGUGUGGGGACAUGGGCAUGUCUCGGUUGGUUUUUGAUCAGAUGACUGGAGAGAGGACUGCCGUCUCCUGGACUUCUGUAAUUUCAGGACUAGCGCUGCACGGAUGUGCGGAUGAGGCAAUUCGGCUUUUCAACGAGAUGGAAGAAUCGGGAGUUCGGCCAGAUGGGAUCACCUUCGUCUCGAUGCUUUACGCGUGCAGUCAUGCCGGGUUGAUCAAACAGGGGUGCGCCUACUUUUCUAAGAUGAGAGAUUUGUAUGGUAUAGAACCGGGAAUCGAGCACUAUGGAUGUAUGGUCGAUUUAUACGGGAGGGCAGGAAAAUUGGAUGAGGCGUACGAGUUUGUGUUGCAAAUGCCAAUGGAGCCUACUGAUAUUAUGUGGAGAACCCUUCUUGGGGCCUGCAGCAUCCAUGGGAAUGUCGAACUGGGUGAGAAAGUAAGAGAAAAGCUCUCUGACCUCGAUCCAAAUAAUUCUGGAGACCGAGUUCUGCUCUCGAAUAUUUAUGCAGUUGCAGGAAAAUGGAAAGAUGUUGGCGCUAUUAGAAAAUCGAUGAGAGAAGAAAGAAUGAAGAAAGCUCCGGGAUGGAGCGUGAUUGAAGUGGACAAGCUCGUGUACAAUUUUGUGGCAGGGCAGAAGCAAGGCGAUGUAUCACAAGAGGCCUACGAGAAGCUGAGGGAGAUGAUGUCGAGGUUGAGGGAGGAAGGAGGUUAUGUUCCCGAAGUUAAGAGCGUGCUACACGAUAUAGAAGACGAGGAGAAGGAAGGUUCGGUGGAAUUGCAUAGCGAGAAGCUCGCUGUAGCUUUUGGGUUGAAGAGAUGGUGCAGAGGGAAGACUAUUCGAGUGGUGAAGAACUUGAGGAUUUGCCUGGACUGCCAUGAGUUCAUGAAGAGAGUCUCUCGGUUGUACGAGGUGGAGAUCGUGGUUAGAGAUAGGAGUCGCUUUCAUUCCUUCAAGGAUGGCUCGUGUUCCUGUAGGGAUUACUGGUGAUGUUGUAACUCAGCUGGGUCGAGUCGUGUGCAUCAAGAGUGUCUAAAUUGGUCAUGACGAUAUCCGAAUGUGGCACCAGCAGCGUAGUCUGUAGCCACGAGGAACGAUGACCGCCUUGUUGGGGAUCGCGGCAUCGGGAAAGUGCUUUGGAAAGUUUCCUGUCCCCUACAAGUGAAACCGAUCAUAUGAGUAUAUAUGAUCCAUUGCUUAUCUUGGAAAGACUUUGAUGA